GCGGCGCUGCUCCGGCGCUAUCGCGGAGCGCUCCCGGCCCCAGCCCCAGCGCUCGGCCGCCAUGGGGCGGUACUCGGGCAAGACGUGCCGCCUCAUCUUCAUGCUGGUGCUCACCGUCGGCUUCUUCGUGGCCGAGCUGGUGUCCGGCUACCUGGGCAACUCCAUCGCGCUGGUGUCCGACUCCUUCAACAUGCUCUCGGACCUCAUCUCCCUCUGCGUGGGGCUCUCCACGGGGCGCAUCGCCCGGCGCAGCAGCCGCGGUCCCCGCGCCACCUACGGCUACAGCCGCGCCGAGGCGGUGGGAGCGCUCAGCAACGCCGUGUUCCUCACCGCCCUCUGCUUCACCAUCCUGGUGGACUCCGUGCUCCGCCUGGCCCGGCCCGAGCCCAUAGACGACGCCCAGCUGGUGCUCAUCGUCGGCACCCUCGGCCUCGCCGUCAACGUGGUGGGGCUGCUCGUCUUCCAGGACUGGGGCGCUUGCUGCCGCCGCCGCCGCCCGUCCGCCGCUCCGCCCGCCGCCGCCGCGCUGCGGGAUGUGCCCGGUGGCACCCCGAACGGCGAGGCGGAUGAAGCAGGUGAUUCACCAAAUGACCAAAAAUGCCCUGAAGAGGGGUCUCAGAAGAAAAAAGAGAAAAAGUCUGAAGCCUUGAACAUCAGAGGUGUUCUUUUGCAUGUUAUGGGAGAUGCACUUGGAUCUGUGGUGGUGGUAGUUACUGCUACAAUCUUCUAUGUCCGUCCUCUGGGGGAUGCUCCGUGUAAUUGGCAGUGCUACAUCGAUCCAAGCCUGACAAUAGUUAUGGUGCUCAUCAUCCUGUCUUCUGCAUUCCCACUUAUAAAGGAGACCUCAACUAUUUUGUUGCAGAUGGUCCCCAAAGGUGUCAAUAUGCAACUACUGACUGACAGACUGGCUCGUGUGCCAGGGGUCAGCAGCCUUCAUGAGGUGCACGUUUGGGAGCUUGCAAGCGGAAAGAACAUUGCCACUCUUCAUAUCAAGUGCCAAACCCCUUCUGAUUACCAGGAUGCUGCUUACAAAAUCCGGAAGGUUUUCCACGAGGCAGGAGUCCAUUCUGUGACCAUCCAGCCYGAGUACGUUGACCCCAAGGCCUCGCAGCUACUGUGCAGCUCGCCCUGCAUCUCAAAAGCUUGUGACUCUCAGCUGUGCUGCAGCCAGAGGGAGCCCCCCCGGGCUAAAACCAAUGGCUACGUGGAGAAAAGUGAGAGGUAUCUUUCCUCAAGGCACAAAGACAAUGGCUCGAGGAAAAGUGACGUUGAAAUCCCUAUYGAGGACCCAGUGGCAGAGGAGAGCGUUAAAAACUUGAAAAACUGUGACGUGUCCGAUGACAAAUCACAGUCGGGCAGCACGCAAUUCUAAGCAAUUCCCUCUGCUCUGUGUCGUGUUUUCAUGGAGCAAACAUAUCCUGGCUGGAAGGGGGACAUUGGUGGUUUUAGCUGAAGUGGGUGUGGCAAAAUGUUCCGUGCUUUAGCUGUAAACCAAAAUACAACAAAACCCCCCUUGUACCUGAAAUAAGGAUUAGGAUUUCCACCAAGGCUGUCGCAUUAGUCUAAGUUUUUUUGUGAUGCAGCCUUAUCUGGUUCCUUACCAAACUAAGGGUGAAAUCCUAAUGUGGAAGGGGUGUAUUGCUCUCUGUCUGCGCUGAUGUUUGCAGCUCAUGGCCAGUAGCACUGGGGAGGAAACUCUGGCCUUUCCUGCUGAAGUGAGCUGUUUCUGGAAAGCCCUGUGGCCAGUUAAUGGAUGUACUGGGCUGAAGUACUGUAUAUUUAUAAAGGAUUUCAGUAGAGAUUCUUUACUGAUCCUUAAACCUCAUUUUUUGCAUGGACAGUUCAUUUUUAACAGUAACACUUCUGGCCAGUGAGAUUUGUGAAUGAAAUUCAGAAUGUGUAAGGGGAAGCACUCAGGAAUUUUGGCUUGUGGUGUUUUCUUGAUUGACUCCUGUAUUUAGGGGCAGAGCAGCAGCUGGUCUUGCUUCUCUUCUAGUAAUGCUAGGGUCCAGACUAAUCACARAUGAGUGUGCUAAGGCAUAGACUGCUUGUCAUGAAAGCAAAUAAGUAACUACUAACGUUGUCUGUACUGAUUCUAGCAAAUGGAAAUGCAGGCAGUCAUCUAAUUAGCUUUUAUCUUGUUCACUGUUGUGAUUGUACAACUCAGUCUUUUCAAAAAUCCUUUUUAUCCUUUUUCUGACAGCACAAGUUUAAAGAGCCAUGGUCUUAUUUCCUCAUUGUGCAGGAUGAUUGUAUUACCUUUAACACUGAGUCUGUCAUUAUUCAUGCUGAAUAAAUAAGCUAAUGUGUUUAUUAUGAACAGUUGAAGUACUUCAAUUCUAUUAUCUAGGCAUAAUUUAAUAUUAUAUGAAUUAAGGAAGCACCUUUAAAGUCUCGUAUGCAGUAUUAUCAUUUAGCGGGAGCUUAAAAAAUUUAAACCAGGAAAUUUUUCCUGGUUUCGACUCAAUUAUUUCUUGUUGGCUGGUUUUAAAGGUCUGAGCCCUACCCUCUGCUCUGCCCCUCACCCCCUGCCCAAAGGUGCAUCUCAAAGUGUAUUUAGUGAAGCAGUUCACUAUCUUUUUGCUGCUUGCUCUGUCUGAAGGCAUGCAAGGGUGCUCCAAGGAAAACAAGGUGCUGUGCUCUGUCACCAGWGUUAGAUUUUAGUCAGGUGUGUUCCACCGACUUCUGUGAGAGGAAACCCACUACCCAUUCUACACUGAGUUGAAURCUCGGUCUCCUUGGCUAUGCAGAUCAGAUCUAGAGGAUUCCAAACACAUUUGGCUGGCAAAAGCAGCCUUUCCAUGCUCUGUGUGUCCUGGACAGGCUAUUUUAUCCAUUUAUUCACAAGGACACCAUUGUAAAAUUGUGGUGUCUUUACCUCAGUGGCACCUUAACAGAAAGGGCAAAUUGAUUUCCAGCUUGGGCUGGGAGAACACCAGGACCUCUUUGUAAGGGUGGCUAAAAGGCAGCCAACUCCUUACURAUAAAGAUGAUUGCAAUAAUUCAAUGAAUAUUAAACACACAGCAGGAUAUUUUACUGCUUGGAAUGUGGUAUUUACUGAAGUGAUACCAGUCUAAAUAGAGCAUUUCUUGAAUUGUAAUUAUUCCUUUCAAACAGGUUUUUUUUGUGAAUUAAGAUAUUUUGUACUGUUUCAUUGUAAGUUUCUAUUAUAUAAAUUAACCUCUUUGUUAAUGUAAUUAAGAGCUUGAUCCUCCAGCCUGUUUGAUUCUGUUGGCAGCAGCAGGAUCGUGCUUGGCAAUUAUUUCAAGAGUUAAUGUAAAUCAGGAAAAGCUGUAAGAAUUGCUGUGUCUUUUAAAAGCAUAUGUCAUGAAGUAAGACAGUCCUUUCUUCUGUUCUUUGUUUUUUCUCCUCUGUUUUUGUCUAUGAUGAUGUUUAGAUGUAAAUAACAAAUAUAUUUAUCAUGUCUUUGAGAACUGGAAUAGAAAGCUCCCAAAAUAACAACGAAGUCUAUGGGAGAAGUUUCUUCCCAGAUAUCCUCCAAAAUAAGCAACCUUUUGUAAUUACGCAUUUGUGUCUUAAAUCAGGUAAUUUUAAAUUUGUAUGUGUAUAUAUAUAUAUGUAUGUGUGUAUAUAUAUAUAUAUAUAUGCAUUUUAUUAAAUGGUUGAAAGUUGGAAUGGCAGUAUUUACUUUGGGAUUAAAGAAAACUAGGGGGUGUGAUGUUGGGGCAUUUGUCAAAAUGGACAAUUUUUAUUCUUCCAGUGUUAAAACCGUGGCUAUGUGUUUUUUAAAACUUUUACAAAYCUUGUAACCUGAAAAUACAAUGAAAUGACAUUCUUAAACUUUUUUUUUGCUCUUGUCUGGUUGAAUGUACUGCAUUUGCUGCCUGUGAAUAAAUGGGAAAAUACCACCGAUUAUAGAAAUGUUCAUAUCUAGAAAACAAACAGAUUUUAAAUUUUCUUUAUUACUUAAGCAAGCAAAACCAACAGACAGAACUGUUAUUUAUGAGAUAAAUA